AUGGUAACCAACCUGAUCGGUGAAGCAGCUAGUCAAAUACUCAACAAAGCGGAGCCACUUUUCAUUUCAAGAUCGGAAGCGUUCAAGUUCGCCGUGGGCGACACCAUCACACUGCCCUGCGAGGUGGCCUCCCCAGGUACCUAUGUGCUGGCCUGGAAGCGGGGCAUCGCUAUCCUGACGGCGGGCACGGUGAAAGUAACGCCCGACCCGCGCGUCCGGCUCGUCAACGGCUACACCCUGCAGAUACGCGACGCCGUGCCGCAGGACGCAGGCGACUACAUCUGUCAGAUCGCAAUGCUGGACCCGCGGGAGAUAACGCAUCAUGUGGAAAUUUUGGUUCCACCCAAAAUCACGCACGUAACCUCCGGUGGCCACCUGCAGGUCCGCAAGGGGUCUCCGGUGCGGCUCGAGUGUUCCGCCACCGGCAACCCGAUGCCGAACAUCACGUGGACGAGGAAAAACAAUCUUUUACCCAACGGCGAGGAACAGUUCACCAAUCCGGUUUACGUGAUCGAGAACAUGGAUCGACACAAGGGUGGCACCUACAUCUGCACGGCCAACAACGGUGUCGGCCAGGUCGCCACCAGUCAGAUCAUCCUGCACGUCCUCUAUCCGCCCGAGAUUAGCGUGGAAAACCCGAUCGUUUACUCCGGCGAGGGCCAGGAAGCGAUGCUCGUGUGUAUCGUGCACGGUGAAUCUCAGCCGGAAGUACUGUGGCACAAGGACACGAUGCAGAUCGAUCAGACGGAGCGGCACGUGAUUGAGAACCGGGGCGCACGCCACACGCUCAUCAUCCGCAAGGUGCACCCGCAGGACUUUGGCAACUACUCGUGCAUCGCCGACAACCAGCUGGGCAAGACGCGGAAAACGGUCACCCUGACCGGCAAGCCGAAGACGGCCGUCUUCCGGUCGGUCCCGAACAGCCAGUGGAAGGACAAGUACAACAUCUCCUGGAUCGUCGACUCCCACUCGCCAAUCGAAGAGUACAAGCUGUACUACCGGCAGGUGGACGGCGACACGCUGCAGGCGCACGACGGCAUAUUCCUUGACAACCGGAAAACGCACCAGAGCUACAUGGGUGAUAACAUGUUGGACUACAAUCGCAAAAUCAGCUCGUACGACAGCUACUCGUACAACAAUGGCUACCACAACCUGCACCACAAGUGGUCCAAGACGGACUGGCGGGACAUCGUGCUGCCGGCGUUCCCGUACUCGCACCACUACACCCAGGGCAUGAGCUACCUGAUACGGGGCCUCGAGCCGGACCAGCAGUACGAGGCACGGGUACAGUCCAGGAACCGGUACGGUUGGAGUGACUUUUCCGAGAGCUUUCUAUUUACCACGUCAAACACAGAUACCGAGAUACGCGAUCUGGGCGUGACUCACUACAGUUCUUCACGAGGAUCGACGAUUUUCGCCCCCGAAAUGCACCAUUUGCUAGCGACCCUUCUUCUUGUAACGGCUACCAGUUUGGUGAGCUUUUGA